GUUACAUACCUCGCGCAGCACUUAUGCGCAGAGCACAAGGCGCAACAGUUAUGAUUUGAAGAAAUGAUAUAAAAGACGCGACCCAAAGAACGCAUCAGGGCGCAUCUGAUUGCUUAAGCACGUAUAAGUGGAAGAGUUAUAGAAAAAACAAACACUUUAAGGAGAGUUAACAAUGAAUAACCCGUCGGAUUUUAGUAAACGAUGUCGAACUUGUUUAAGUCAAACAAAAGGUUUACAACUUCUCACCAAAAUGGCAUUUGAUUUGCCCCAGCAACAAAGAACAUUUGCCGAUUUACUUUACGAAGUAACCAACAUAAAUAUAUCAAAAGACCUGAACACAUCUGAAAUGCCACAAUACCUUUGCCCAGCUUGUUUGCGAAAGCUAAAAUCAUCACAUGCAUUUAUCAGACAGGCCAAAGAAGCCGAUGAUAAAUGUUUGUCCAUGUUAAGAGAAAGAAUGAUGGAGAAUUGCAUGAAUGAGACCGAAAUAGAUAUAAAGCCAUCAUUCUUAGAUAUUAAAAUAGAAACAGAAGAUGUGGAAUAUACAGAGCAAAGCAUACCUGAAAUAAAAGAGGAGAUUGCUACGAACGAAGACUGUUCCAUGGAAAAUCCUUUGGAAGAUUUUGUAAGCACAAGUAAUCAGGAGCAAAACAAUACCAAACAGUUAAUUUUCAACAAUGUGAGUGAUAGUGAUUGGUCUGGAGAAGAAAGGGAUACUGAAAGUGAAGCAGAUUCCUCGAAUUUUAGCAGCGAAGAAGCCGCUAAAAGCCCUAGCAUGAACGUACAUAAAAAGAAAAAUGGAAGUAAAACUUCUGCCUGGGAAAAAUGUGAUCCUAAAGAUAUUGAGGAUAUUGCUGCACCCUGUUCGCAGUGCGAUAAGAUUUUCAAAAACUCCAAGGAAUUAAAAUGUCAUCUAAAAAAUGCCCACAUUCCGGAUGCUGAAAAGUGUGCCUGUCCUUUGUGUGGUGCUACAUUUUCUCGUUCUUACAGCAUGUAUUAUCAUAUGCGUACCAUACAUGGACCAGAAACUGUUACAUCAUUACUUCCCAAAAGGGAAAAACCCCAUCAAUGUGAUAAAUGCCCCCGAAAAUAUUCAAAACUAAAAUAUUUAAAAUAUCACCUCAAAGUAAAGCAUGAGGGUAAAGACGAACAGUCUGAUGUCCCAGAUGGUGAAAAAAUUCCUGCACCGGCAAAGAAAAAGACGGAAGCUCGUCGACCUCUGUGCUCCAUAUGUGGCAGUUCAUUUCCCAAUAAGACUCAACUGACAGUGCACAUGCGGCGACAUACAGGAGAUAUGCCUUUCAAAUGUGAUCUGUGCGAUAGAGCCUUUCCCCGAAUAUCAGAACUUAGAUACCAUACUCGCGUGCAUACUGGAGAAAAACCAUAUAAAUGUAGUAUAUGUGAAAAAACCUUUCGAGUUUCCUCAAAAUUGUCAUCUCAUAUGCGAUCCCACACCGACGAACGGCCGUAUAAAUGUAAAGAGUGUGAAAAAAGUUUUAAAUAUUCCAAAGAUUUAAAUAUCCACAUGCGCACUCAUACGGGCGAAAGACCAUACAGCUGUAAUGUGUGUGGCGUCACUUUUACACAAAGCAAUUCACUCAAGACUCACCGUAUGAAGUUGGGCCAUAUUGAGGAAAGUAUGCAAACUACUAGUAGAUUUAAAUGGGAGGGACUAAAUAUUGAAAAUAGUUAAUUUUACAAACAAUAUUGACGGCGGUUUUAUACAGCGGCGAACAAGGACUUCAAUAUCAAUUUCAAAUAAAACAAAAAUCUGGAAAAGGAUCCGUUUCAACAAAAAUGCGAAUAAGUCAAACACUAAACCAACGCCAAUAAAAGCUAUGUCAGAAUGAGACUAAACAAUCAAAAUGAUGUGUGUAUAAAUUGGAAUAUAGCUCAGACCACUGCCAGAGAUGCUGUGGAUUGCCUCCAAGAAUGCUAAUUACUCGGUAGAAGUUAUUUGUGUUAUUGUAACCGUAUUUUGAAUAUCCACAUCAAGAAACUUGAAAUUUGGUUAAGUUACGUCCAAAGUGAAUUUUUUGUAAGUCGAUUGGGUUUGGCUGGGCAGAGGAACGUAUAAAGCUUAUCGUAUAUACAAGCAGUACACGUACCUAAAACCUUGGCAUCAAUUCUAGCCGAUUAUCUUAGUUAAGGCAUUUGUCUUAUCUUAGUUAAGGCAGAAUUAUCUUGGAUGGCACAGGGAGGUUAAUUUCAAGAAGCGUAUGGUCUCCAAAGCAUCAUUUAUUCGAUAGAUGUUUACCGCUUCUCCGAACCUAUCCAUAAGAUGAUGAUUUCGAAAUUUCUUUCCACUUUCUUUUCAUCCUUACGCUUGAAUCGGACAGCACUCAUUGAUAUGUGAGAAGUUUGGCCCUAUUGCUUCAUGGUCAAAUUUGUUGUAGACGGAAGCAUAGCGCCAUCGUGUACGACACUCAGUAUCCGAAGUACAUCCGCUGUUCAUGUAGCGAACAAUAUGCUGAAGAUGUUUUAGCAGAAAUCUUAAAAUUUCUUUCAGCAAAAAAAAAAAAAAAAAAUGGCGAGACCAAAUAUCUUGACAUUUACUUUUGGCAGAUAUCAAAGUAAUGCCCUAAAGCUAUGAUCGUACAAUCGUCCUCAUAUAAUACAAUCUCGAUGCCGUCUGGAGGAUGUGUAUAAAUUAAAAAGUGAAAAAGUUAUCAUCUUACCUUAAGGAACGCCCUGUUUCCCUUUACAGGGCUCCGUAGACUUAUCCCUAAAAUCCACGUACGACUAGUAUGAAAAAUCUUUGACUUCGACUCUUUCAUAACGUAUUCUUUAUUUUUAUGUAUUAGUAUUUAUACAUUUAGCUUUAUUAUACUGUGUAAUUCGAAUUUCAGACCGAGUAGGCUUAGUAUAACUGAGUUUGUUACAAAUAAUUAAAUAAAUAAAAUUCGUCCAUGACCAUUCGAUAAAGGAAACGAUGGGAUAGAGAUGGUCGAUACAAAUUUAAUCUCAA